GCCGCCUCAGCCGCCCGCGCCGCCCGCUGCCGGCGCUCGGCCCUGCACCUCGGCUUCAGAGCCGCCGUGGGCAGCGCGGGGCCGGCGGCUUAGAGUCCGCUAGCCCCAGAUCCGCGUCCCGCACGCAGACUGUCCGGGCGUAAAGUGGUCUAGAAAAUUGAACCAUCUUCAGUGAAAGGAGUAUCAGUUCUUCAAGUCAUCUGGACUGAAAAGUGUUUUUUGUUCAGUUGCAUUUACCUUUGUUUGAUUUCAGUCUUCAUUGAAAUCCCUAGCCAUGGGGGUGUUGAUGUCCAAGCGGCAGACAGUAGAGCAGGUGCAGAAAGUGAGCCUGGCUGUGUCUGCCUUCAAGGAUGGACUGCGGGACAGGCCUUCCAUCCGUCGUUCAGGUAACCUGCCGGCAUCCCGCCGUGGGACUGUAGAAGGUUCUGUUCAGGAGGUACAAGAAGAAAAAGAUGCAGAGGUGGGCACCAUGGUGGUCCAAGAAGAAAGCAGCGUCAACCGUGCAGCCUGGGAGAGGCUCCGAGAUGGCCGUGGGAUAGAGCCCGAGGAGUUAGUCAAAAGUCGACAUUUCACACCCCCCGCCUUCACCCGCCCCACCAGGAAGCUGGACGAUGACAAGCCUCCAGACAUCUCCUUAGAGCCCAGAGAGCCAGUUGUCAACGAUGAGAUGUGCGACAUCUGUGAGGUCUGGACGGCUGAGAGUCUCUUCCCAUGCAGGGUCUGCACCAGGGUUUUCCAUGAUGGCUGCCUGCGCCGCAUGGGCUACAUCCAGGGAGAUGGUGCAGCGGAGGUGACCCAGAUGGCCCACACGGAAACAGGCUGGAGCUGCCACUACUGUGACAACCUCAAUUUGCUGCUGACCGAGGAAGAAAUGUACAGCCUCACAGAGACAUUUCAGCGGUGUAAAGUCAUCCCUGAUUGCUCCCUGACCCUGGAGGACUUCCUGCGCUUCCGUCACCAAGCAGCCAAGCACGGGGAGAGUGACCGGGCCCUGAGCGAGGAGCAGGAAGAGCAGGCGGCCCGCCAGUUUGCAGCCCUGGACCCUGAACAUCGAGGCCACAUAGAGUGGCCUGACUUCUUGUCCCAUGAGUCCCUCCUGCUUCUGCAGCACUUGCGUCCUCAGAACUCUCUGCUGAGGCUUCUGACCAGCAAGGAGCGGGAACGAGCCCGGGCUACCUUCCUGGCAAGGGGUAGUGGGAACACCAUCAGCGAGGCUGAGUGCCGCCACGCCCAGCACUCUUGGUUCUGCAAACGCCUCACUCAACCUGCUUCCUGCAGUGUCAGUGUCAGCCAUGUGGGUCCCAUUGCAGACAGCAGCCCUGCCAGCAGCGGCAGCAAGAGUCAGGACAAAUCCCUGCUGCCCACAGAACAGGAGGCCAGAUACGUGGACUGGCCUACCUUCCUGCGAGAGAAUGUCAUAUACAUCUUGGCUGCCCGCCCCAACAGUGCUGCCAUUCACCUGAAACCCCCGGGAUAGCAUGGAGUGGACAACGGCGUCCUCUCCCGCCUUUCCUCUCCCCCUGCCCCCACCAACCUCUGGCGCUGACACCCACAGUGAAUGGGUACUGCCAGCCUCUAAAUUUGUCACUAAGCUUUACGGCACAACACAUAACACAACCUGCCCCUCACAGCAGAGGCAGGAAGUACAUUGCCACAGGAGAAGCCCCGGAAGCUGUGUGGCACCAGCUCUCCAGCAACCCCUCUGCCCUCACAUCACAGACUGAACCUCCUGCCACAUGCAUAUACACACAUGUGCAUGCACACACAUAUACACGUA